AUUAGCAGCAGUGUGUAUCUCGCUUUACCUUUUAGGGGACCGGAAUUGAAUUUUGAUUCUGAUUUAUCCAGCGGUCUUAAUUUUUCGACCGAUAGCCAUCUUUUGCCGGUGAAUGACCUGGCUCCCGUCUCAGACGAAAGUAUUAAUUCAACUUCGAACUCACAUGAGGAGUCGAUAAAGAGAGACGAAACAUCCUUCGCAACUACAUCUUUACUUCAAUCGGAUGAUAAUGCCUCUACAAGUUUUAUGCAAUCGAUCAAUGAAUUUCCGGAUGAUUUAAAUGGUGACCGUGAAUUGGAAUUUCUUACCUCCGAUACUGCCUUCGAAGUAACUCUUUCCUCAUGCGACGAAAGCUCAUCAGCGUUAACUUUCCAACCGGACAGUGCCGAAAGUGUUCCUCCUCAAGUUUCCCCACAGUCUAAUUUACCAAGUUUUUCCGCUGUGAAUACGAAUCAGACAUAUACUUAUCAACAGUCCUUCCAUUCGCCUUACGUUCCAGUCAUGAAUAACUAUGAAACGUUAAGUCAAGUCCUCACAGGAAACGCUGAUCAGACCGCUUUUCCGACGUUUAUAAAUCCAAUUGUACGAUACCAGACUGGGAAUUUCCCAGGACCAGCAGCUUCUGUUCCCAUUAAUUACAGCACUUACAUUACACAACAGGAUGUGAAACAGCCCUUCAUGGACAAAUACUCGGAAAUGAAACAGAACAAGGUGAGAGGUGAAGGGAAUAAACUUCUGAACACACGCGCGACUUAUGUUUUAGAGGGAUGGUACGAAGCUAAUACUGACUGGCCGUACCCGUCAAAGGCAGAAAAACAGGUUAUGGCUUCAGCAGGGGGCAUUACCCUUGAACAAGUGAACUCGUGGUUUGCCAAUCGGCGUAAUCGGAGUCAGAAUACGCGUCCAAAAAAGAAUAUGUUAAGACUAGUUGACGCUUUGUCAGGGCUGUGCAACGAGUACCAGGAAGUCUCUCAAGGCAUUAUUUCAGCCCCUGAGAUGAAGAAUCGAAUCCUCACUCUCAUCAACUUUCACUUACGACGAAGAAACUGA